AUGGAAUUCCAAAAUGGAGAAGAUGUUGCUUCCAAUUUGCUCAAAGCUCAAAGCCACAUAUGGAAUCACAUUUUCAACUUCAUCAAUUCCAUGUCACUUAAAUGUGUUGUUGAUUUAGGCAUACCUGAUAUCUUACAUAACUAUGGCAAACCCAUGUCACUCUCAAAACUCAUUUCUUCACUACCACUUCAUCCUUCAAAAAUCCCUUACAUGUAUCGUUUGAUGCGUAUCAUGACUUAUUCUGGUUUUUUCUCGCAACAAAAUGUUACGGAUAAUGAGCUAGAAAUCGAGUUUAUGUUAACCGAUGUAUCUAGAUUAUUACUUAAGGACACUCCAAUGAGUGUGGCACCGUUUGUGCAGGCGGUGCUUGAUCCAGUAUUGACAAGUCCGUGGCAUCAAAUGUCCACUUGGUUAAAAAACGAGGAUCCUACGGCAUUUGAAACAACACAUGGGAGGGUUUUGUGGGAUUAUGCUGCACAUAACCCCAUAUUUAACAAUUUGUUUAAUGAUUCCAUGGCAAGUGAUUCUCAAUUAGUGACUAAUUUGUUGCUGGAGAAGGGUAAGGAAGUGUUCGAUAAAUUGGAGUCAUUGGUUGAUGUUGGAGGAGGCACAGGGACCACGGCAAAGGCUAUUGCCAAGUUAUUUCCAGAAUUGGAGUGCAUUGUGUUUGAUCUUCCACAUGUUGUUGAUGGCUUAGAAGGAAUUCAUAACCUAAACUAUGUUGGUGGAGAUAUGUUUCAAGAAAUUCCUCAGGCACAUGCCAUUUUGUUGAAGUGGAUAUUGCAUGAUUGGAAUGACGAAGAAUGUGUAAAGAUAUUGAAGAAAUGCAAGGAAUCGUUAGAGAAGAAAGGUAAAGAAGGGAAAGUGAUUAUCAUAGAGAUGGUGUUAGACAAUGAGAAAGAAAAUAUUAAUGAAUCAGUUGAAACACAACUCUUGUUUGAUAUGUUGAUGAUGGUAUUAGUCACCGGAAAAGAGAGAAACAAGAGAGAAUGGAUUAAGUUGAUUUCUUCAGCUGGUUUUAGUGACUAUAAGAUAACUCCAAUCUUAGGCUUAAGGUCUAUUAUUGAGAUCUAUCCAUAA